AUGGCAAUUACUAUUCUUCCUCCAGUGGUAGAGGAUGCCCGUCCCUAUGAAGCUGACUCCGAUGACUCCAUGUCCAUGGGCUCUGAGGAGGACGUCGAAAUGACAGGUAUCUCUCGGCCUCACAAACGACCCCGUUUAGGAAACUCGAAUAUUGGCACAGGGAUUGUCACACCAGGAGAAGUGGUUACAGAUGAUCCGCAAUGGAUGAGAGGUCACGGCACCUAUAUGAACCCGCUCUCGACAUCUAUCAUUGCGACCGUUGCCGGCACAGUUCAAAAGACAAAUAAGCUGCUCUCUGUUUACCCUCUGCGGGCCCGCUAUACCCCCGAGAUUGGUGAUCUCGUCGUUGGCCGCAUUGUCGAAGUGCAAUCACGACGGUGGAAGGUCGACGUCGCCGCGCCCCUACUUGCCCAGCUCCCUCUUUCCGCAAUCAACCUGCCCGGUGGUAUUCUGCGUCGACGAACAAGCGCCGACGAGCUCCAGAUCCGAACAUUUUUCAGCGAAGGCGACCUUGUAGUCGCUGAAGUGCAGAGCGUGCACCAGGACGGGUCGGCAUCACUACACACACGGUCCUUGAAGUACGGGAAGCUGCGCAACGGCGUGUUCCUUGCCGUUACUGGAACCGGAGGCAGUGCAGCGUCUAGCUCCAGCGUUAAGGGCGGUGUUGGGGCUGGGAAUUCGGCUUCCGGCAGCGCUUUGGCUGCUCCUGGAGGUUCUGGUACUGGCGGUGUGGUGCGGUCUCGUCGGCAGGUGUGGACGGUCCCCACGGCCAAUGGUGGUGGUGAGGUGAAUAUUAUCCUUGGGGUGAAUGGGUACAUUUUUAUCUCCAAGAACCCCGAAGGGGCAGAUGCCGCAUCCUCGACUACGGAGAAUGUCUCUAUUACGCGCAUGGAAGAGAUGGUGUCGAGUUCGAUCUACUCUAGCCAGAACGACGAUAUCCCGCCACAGACUCGCCGUGAGAUUGCACGAUUGACACAGUCUAUUCGAGUUUUGGUACAGAACGGAGUGCGUGUGGAUGAAGAGACGGUUAUGGGUGCCUACAAUGCUAGUCUGCAGGUGGAUCUGGAGAUUGGGGACGAUGAAGACGAGGAAGAUGAAUGGCGACAGGAAGGUCGCGAGUAUCUGGAGGGCGCCAAGGCCCAAGAUAUCCUCGAGUUGGUGAAGCAGCAGCUAUAA